AUGGUACCAACAACUGAUAUUAGAGCAUUUUUAACUGAACUAAAUUUUCUAAACUUUAUUUUGAAUGAACUAGUGGCAUAUCGAUCAAUCGACGCUAAUAUAACAAAACUUGUCGACAAUACCGGAAAUACAAUAACAAAAUAUGUUCGAAAUUUACAAAAUAUUAAGCUAAACAUUAUGUCCUCUGAUUAUCCUCAAACAACAUUGAAAAAGGUGAACGUAGCAGAAAAAUCCUCACUAUUUACGGCAACAUGGACUCCAAAAAUUGUUGGUGAAUUAAAUGGCCAGCAUGUAAAACUAGCCAAACUACAUGGCGAAUUUGGUUGGCAUGCACAUGCAAAUGAAGAUGAAAUGUUUCUCGUUAUUCAAGGACAGGUGGAAAUACAAUUGCGAAAUAAUAUUGAACCCAUUUUACUCAAUGAAGGUGAAUUUUUUAUUGUGCCAAAGGGUGUUGAACAUAAUCCUCGAGCUAAAGAAUUGUGUACAAUAAUGUUGUUUGAACCAUGUGGAACGAUAAAUACAGGAAAUGAAAGAAAUGAUAAAACACAAUUAGAACUAGAAAAAAUAUAG